CCAUUCCUGCCCUACUUCUCCUCUGUACACACUGCUAUCACACACCUGGAGAGAGAAACAGGAAGAAAAGGGAUUUUUGUGAAGACCACACGUAGGUUGUUGUUGUAGGAGCAUGGAGUUGCAGUAAAUGCAUAUAUGGCAUGUACAUCUAUAAAUGGCUAAGUUCUUCUUCCUGGGAGUCCAAAUGAUGUGGACUGGGGUACUGCUGCUGUCCUGUUUGGAUCUAUGGGUUUCUUCAGAUGAGCUUGGACGUCCAGCGACUUCCUGGAGGGACAAUGAUAUUCAAGUCAAAAAACACAGCGGUCAACAGCCAUGGGGGCAUACUUUCAGAAAGUAUUGUGAUUCAGCACACAUUAAGGACUGUGAUCGUGGUUAUUACUGGGAGAAAAGUGGACCACAUAAGGGACGGUGUGUGCUGUGCAGCUGCAAUGGCCUGUCCAAUAACUGCGACCCACAUACUGGAAAAUGUUUGAACUGCCAGUUUAAUACAGCCGGCGACCACUGUGAGCGUUGCAUGGAGGGUUAUUACGGCAGUGCUGAUAUGAGAACAUGUCGUAUGUGUCCGUGUCCCUUAGAAGACCCAUCCAACAGUUUUGCAGUGGGAUGUGUCUCGGUUGGAGAUGAGUUUAAGUGUUCGUGCAAAUCUGGUUACGCUGGAGUUCGAUGUGAAAGGUGUGCGCUUGGAUACUAUGGCAAUCCUUUAGUGAAAAGAGGAAGUUGUCAGCCCUGUGACUGUGACCACGGUUAUAUAUGUGACCCGCUAACAGGUGAUUGUUAUGAGGCCGAUGACCCGAAAACUGGCGACUGCCUCGAGUGCGAUACCUGCGUCAUUAAGUUAAUGGAUGAUCUUAAUGCGAUGGAUGAUGAGCUCUCCAAACUGAAGACUCAACUCGAGCUUUAUACUCGAAAUGCUACUUCACACACAGGACUGAAAAAACUUGAAGAUGCCAUUGCUAGGACAAAGGUUUUGGUCCGUAAGUACUCUGAAUCUGUCUUGGCAUUGAAUCCAAAGGUUUUGGUGCUUGAAUCUGAUCUUAAAAGUAUCACAGAUGACAUCACUGUUCUUAAUGACAAGGCACUUGAUAUGUUCUGUACUGCAAAUCAGUUGUUAAAGACUCUGGACAAAACUUAUCAAAGAGGGGACAACCUACGAUCUGAGAGUGCGAAACUCCUGCAAAAGAUACAAGAGUUCUUGGAAGAGUUGAAGCGAUCCAACCAAACAGGUGGGAACACACAGGAGGCCACCAGGAUGAUAAAAGAAGCCCAAUCGAUGAUGGAGAAGAUGCGAAGACAAAGCUGUAUGGUUCAGAGAGAACUGGCUAACGAGGAGCUCAGAAAAGCACAAACACUACUUAACCUCAUCUUGAAUGACCUGAUGGUUCCUCUGAAUAGCUCCUUGGAAGUGGCUGAUCGUAUUAGACAAAAAAUCAUGGAUCAGGCAAAAGAUCUUAAAGAUAUAAAAGAGGCGCUUACAGAUGCACAGCGUGAUGUGACCAAGGCCAAUGAUGUGAAUAAACGCAACGAGGAACAGCUGAGAAAUAUUUUGAAACAGUUUGAGGAAUUGAGUAAAAAUCAAGAAAAUAUCAUGGCCAAUGUGAACAUGACCAGAGAGACACUAAAAGAGACUUCGGAUAUCCAGAAAAUGUUGGCUGACCUAACGAAGGAAAUUACUAAUCUAACAGCUUUGACUGAUGAAGCAAAAAAAGAUCUAGAAGCAAAACUUGAGCUGCUCGCCAAUGCAACCGCUAAGGCGCGAACUGUGAGACAGGCUGAGAAACAUGCAGAGGAACUUAUGAAGCUGGCUAUGGACUUUCAAAUGUUCAUACGGAACAUCACCAAUACAACCGCUGUUCAGAAAGCAGUCGAAUCCAUCAAAGCAUUUACAGCCGUCAUUAAUGCCAUAAAGGAGGCGGAAGCUGCCGCCAAACAUGCUAAAGAAGUGGCAGACCAGGCUUUCGAGGAUGUGCGAGGACAAGAUCUACAAAAUAAAGCCAAUAAAUUUAAAGCCUCUUCAGAUAAACUGCUGAAAGAUGCCAAGAAAGCGGAGAAACAACUUGAAGGUUUUCUGUCACAUUUAAUGCAGCUGCAGCAAACCGUAAAAUAUGUUCCCAAACAAAAUCAGCUAGAAAUCAUAAGAAUGCACGGGUUUUUCACAGGCAUGUUGUGCUGUUUAGUAACAAAACUGUCAUCUACAGAUGUCAUGCAAAAAUGUGAAGCUUUCAAGGACCUGAUCCAGAAGGCCAAAGACAAACAGAAAUCCAUGAAGCAAGCCUUGCAAGAUGUGUUGAAUAGGAUGAACAACAUCAAAAGGGAUGAUAUUCGUGUCCUCAUCAACCAAGCCAAAGAAGGUGCUGCAAAUGUGAACGUCACAGCAGGCGAUGCAAUAACCAGAAUGCAAAACAUCAGUGAGGAACUUACCAAAAUCAAGAUUUCCCCUCAAGAUUUAAACCUGACCAAGUUACUUGAUGGCGUCAACAAAACAUUGACAGAACUGGAUCAGACUUUCCCUUCACUGACUGACAAACUAAACAAAUUGGUGAACCAAAGCGACCGCAUGCCUAGUUCAGCCAACAUCUCCAUCGGCUUCCAGAAAAUCAAAGACUUGAUCGACCAGACCAGAGACGCGGCCAACAGGAUCAGGGGGCCGAUUUUGUUUUCUGGUGAUGCUCACAUUGAACUUCGACCUCCUAAAGACCUAGAAGACUUCCGAACCUUUACUGCUCUCAAUCUUUCUCUGCACCAACCACAACUUCGAGGCGAUGGAAGACGUAGACGCCAAGUGGGUGAAGACAACCAGUUUGUUUUAUAUCUUGGAAAUAAGCAGACAGUCAGGGAUUUCAUUGGCCUGGUUGUGAAGAAUGGUGUCCUGUUUUGUGUCUACAAAGUGGGUGGCCGUUUUUAUGAGCUAAGAACCAGCGAAAUCACCAAGUCCAACAAUGUCAAAGCUUUUAUGGACAGGGUGGAUUUCCGCAGAGUUUAUCAAGAUGCGCAGGUCAUAUACACACGGGUUUACACUUCAGCUGAACCCAACCCACUGCCGCCCAUGAUUAAUAAGCCUAGCGAUUGGAAUGGUUUGCUUGAUCUGGAUCCCAAAGAGGUUGUCUUAUAUGUAGGUGGAUACCCAGAAGAUUUUAAGCCACCCGAACAGCUUCGGUACCCAGGAUACAAGGGUUGUAUUGAGUUUUCUACGUUAAAUGACCGUAUCCUUGGCUUGUACAACUUUCAGCGUGCCAUCAACAUCACGAAAACUGACAUGUGUCAAAGGGGAAAAGUCCAGAUAUCGGGGCAUUAUUUCGAUGGCACAGGUUACGGAAAGGUUGCUGUAUCACAGAACUCUUUUAUUAAGUUCUCUGUUAGAAGUCAUCAAAUGGACGCAGUGCUUUUUUAUGUGGGAAACGAGAACUUGACCUUAUUAGUAACAUUAGAAGGAGGCUAUAUUGUUUUGAAAGGGGAAAAAAAGGACACAAAAAUUUUUGAAAAGUCAAAAGUAAAAGUAUUUCCCCUAACAAACUUCAGAAUGAUUCUGAGGGAUGAUAGACCAGCAAUAGAGGUCAGAGACAACAUCAACAUUGAUAUUUAUUUUGGAAACGUCAAAGGGCUCUUUGAGGAGGCCUACAUCGGGGGUGUUUCAGCUUUACAUGUUUUCAUAAUAUUGUAUUUUUCUGCCUCCAGAUAUAAUAUUGUUCUUCCGCCACUUAGAGGAUGUGUCAGUAACGUCCAAGUAGAUUUCACUGCUUCCUUUGCAGAGGAAGUUGGAAUCGUCCGAGGUUGUCCAAAUCUUCUAGUGGGUUCCCGAGAGGCUACUUUUAAAUUUGGGAGUUCUCUCUCUCUGUCACCUCCUGUUAACGAUACAGAGUCCGGGACAAUGGUUUCACUUGGAUUUAAGAUAUCCCAGGAGAAUGUUUCAUCCUUAAUACUGACUGGUGGAAUGAAUAAUGAGUUUUUGCUGUCUUUGAAAGACGGCUAUGUUGAAAUGAGUGACAAUAAGAAAAAAUUAACAGCCACAAACAAAUGCGAAACUGGAAAAUGGCAUUACAUAACAGCCUACAGAAGUGCAGCGGGGAUGCAGCUAAACGUUGACAACACAGAUAUUACAGAUCCACCGUUAUCAUCAUCCACAUUCACUAAACUUGGGGAAAAUGUGAUUUUAGGGAAUGGAUUAUUUGAAGGCUGUUUGAGGAACCUGUAUAUACGGAGUCUACAGACCGAAUACAUUCCGGCCGACUUGAGCGGAUUCAAUCAGACUGGAAAUGUAUCUCUGGGAUUUUGUAAAGCAGAGAGCCCCCCUCUGGAAACUACCAAGAAGCGUGCAAGACAUGCUGGAAUUACAUUCAACAGCAAUUCGGGAAGCUCUAAACAAGGCUGUAGAAACCCAAAGUCUGUUAAAAACACCUACCACCUUGGUUCCAACAGCCAAAUGCAGUUUGAAAUAGAUCCAGAGAAGCUCAGUAACAGGCUGCAUUUCUCCCUAGAUGUCCGUACCAAAUCAUCUGAAGGACUUUUACUCCAUGUCUCAGGGAAAUAUGGUGUUCCUCUUGUGAUCUUGUAUUUGGAUAAAGGAAAAGUCAAACUCUUUGUUGGGGCCGAUGAAACAAUCUCCUCUCAGAAGAUAAAUGAUGGUGACUGGCACAAUAUCAAGUCCAGCAUAAAGCAACACAACUUUCAUCUAGUGGUGGAUGGCGUUCAAACACUCGAUGGACAUUCGUUGAAUGGAUUCACACAUGAUCUGCAGUCUCCUGUCUAUGUGGGACACGGAACAUUUCAGAUGCUUCACAAAACACAAGAAAAAGUGCCUCAGAAGAGUAUAAUCGGAUGCAUUCAAGACAUCAGGGUUUCUGAGGUUCUCCUUGUGGAUCCAGCUGUCAGUCGUGGGGUUACGCCCUGCUUCAAAGGCGUGACAGAGAAGGGGGCUUAUUUUGCUGGAAAUGGCGCACAUUUGGUCUUAGAAAAGGACCUUAGCUUUGGUUCUACGUACAACCUGGGUUUUGAAUUUCGACCCAGGAAACUCACUGGCCUAGUCUUCCACAAAAUCGAUAACCGUGGACAGACACUCACUCUCUUUCUCAAGAAAGGAAAGGUGGUGUUAACAGCGUAUGAUGGAAAGCACCGCUAUGGCACCGCAUUGACCCCAACAAGACCUAUCUGUGAUGCAUUUCACUAUGUGACAGUGUCCAUAUGGAGGAAAACUAUCGAGCUUAGAGUGGAUGAAGUGUCCUCACUGGUGAGACAAAAGUCUGUAUACACUCCUCCAUCUAAUGAAACGAUCUAUAUUGGUGGCAUUUCAGAGAAUCGAAGAGAAGGAGUGGAAAUGCGGGCAUCUUAUGUGGGGUGUUUGAGAAACGUGUGGCUUAAUCAACAUCCUAUCACAUUUUAUGACAUAAGCACAUUCGGCCCCAUUAACACCAACGAGUGCCCAGCAGAAUAAUGGAAACAGAAAUCAAGCACAGCUCAGCAGACUAAUUUUGGAGUUAAACAGUUUGCAAAAUACAAAUUAUGAUUGUUUUGGGGAAUUGUAUUGGAAAGUGACAUUAAAAAAAGACGUGUACAAAUAUACAUAAUGAAAGCACAUUUCCUCAAUAGUUAGAAUUAAUGUUCAUGAAGCCUCAGAUGUAAAAAUGUGUAUGGAAAUAAAAAUAUGUUUUAAAUUA